CGAGAAUGCUUUCUCCCAACCCUGGUUACCAAUUACCCUGGCAUGUAAGAACAAAACUCUUGCAGGCGCUUCGAAUCUGGGUAUCUCGGCACCGCUAUCAGAUGAGUUUGCGCCCUGCGGUAUUUUUUGUACUCAGUCUGAAAGAAUCGCGUUGAGGAUUGGGUAUCGGGAUGGUGCUAUCUAACCUCGACUUUGCGUUGCUUCUAAGAUGUCUUAACCAAAGUACAUACGACACUUCGCUUUCCACUCAACUGCGCCUUUUUACUAAUUUUUCUCCGGGGAUUUUUGAAGAGCGCGAGCUACGGAUGUCAAGCGAACAACAUUGCAAUUCCCAAACAAAGAGCAUUUUCAUAUACAUCAUGUGUAUGCAGCGAUUGAACUGUCCUCUGGUCACUUUCCACGCGGGAAGCCUUUCCCAUUAUCACGCCAACGCGAUCUCUACAACAAUUACGUUCAAAAUGUUCUCUCGACGCAACAAAGGAAACCGUCCUGCUCGUGGCUCGUCUUCGUACCCACUGCACCCACAGGCCAUUCGGGUCCCAUGUUCCGCAGGUCCGUGUCACCGAUGCCCAAAUAUCGCCGAUCACGACAACUACCGCCGUGAUCAGCUCGGAGUGCCGGCAGGAUCUUAUCCUGAGCCGAAGUGGCUGCUCAGAGUGAUCGCAAGAAACCAGCAUCUCUAAUGAGGAGGAUCCGCGAGAAACUGAGUCCACCAUCCGGGGAUGAUGCGGUGCCACCUCCAUCUCCCCGCACCCCUACCGCGUAUGUUGAUGAUCCUCGUGAAUCAUCUGGGACGCAUGCCACGCCUGACAAUCGGCCGAAUAUCUAUGCACAAUUGGAGCGUGAGGAUGUCAUCAUACCUUCGUAUCGGAACCCACGACGGUGCCAUCAGCCAAUUCAGGGAGUGAUCGAACAAAAGUAAUCAUCGGCGCUACAAGGCUGGUUCUACAAAAUGCAGCCGAUGCUCUUAAAUUCGUCCCGAUUGCGA